AUGCUUUAUGGAAUCAUACCUCUAUCUUUCAGCAAUCUGAAGUCCAUCGAACAGAUCGAUCUUUCCCUAAACUCCCUCGCGGGACAAAUUCCAGUGUUCUUUGCAAACAUGGGUUAUUUGCAGCAACUUGAUCUGUCUAUGAACUACUUUAAAGGGCCGAUUCCAACUGGUGGCAUCUUUCAGAACCAUAGUGCAGUAAACUUGGCUGGCAAUGAAGAGCUUUGUGCAAUUGCAACCACCACCACCUUAUAUCAGUUCCCAGUUUGUACCACAAUAUCACCUGUUGGGAGCAAGAAGAAUGCACUCUUAUUGGUAAAAGUGAUUCCUCCAAUUGCUGUUGCCUUGAUCUCCCUUGCAUGCUUUUUGGUCAAUCUUCUGAACAGAAGGCAAGCAGAAGCAGCUCCAUGCUACAAGGAAACAAUGAAUAAGAUUUCUUAUGGUGACAUCGUUAAAGCAACCAACUGGCUUUCUCCGGUUAGCAAGAUCUGCUCAAGUCGCACCGCUUCGAUCUACAUUGGAAGGUUUGAGUUUGACACGGACCUGGUCGCCAUCAAGUUAUUCCAUCUCCAGGAGAAUGGUGCGCGCGACAGCUUCGUUACCGAGUGCGAGGUGUUGCGAAACACCCGCCAUCGUAAUCUUGUCAAAGCUGUUACCGUAUGUUCGACAGUGGACCUAGAGAACAAUGAAUUCAAAGCUAUAGUUUUCGACUUCAUGGCCAACGGAAGCCUGGACAUGUGGGUGCACCCGAAGCUGCACCACACUAGCCCCAAGAGAGUACUGAGCUUGGGCCAGAGGUUAAGAAUAGCAAUGGACGUCGCGUUGGCUCUGGAUUAUAUGCACAACCAAUUGACACCUCCUCUAAUCCACUGCGAUUUGAAGCCAGGCAAUGUUCUUUUGGACUACGACAUGACCGCGAGAGUUGGUGAUUUUGGGUCAGCGAGGUUUCUCUCUUCAGUUCCUGGUAGUCCAGAAGAUUUGGUUGGUGUGGAAGGAACGAUUGGAUACAUCGCACCCGAGUAUUGCAUGGGAUACAAAGUCUCAGCAGGAUGCGACGUCUACGGUUUCGGGGUCUUGCUUCUGGAAAUGCUCACCGGUAGGCGACCAACUGAUGCGAUGUUCACUGAUGGCCUGAGCCUGCACAAGCUUGUGAGCUCCGCCUUUCCAGGUAGACUUGGAGAGGUUUUAGAUCCCCAUUUGUCCCACGAGCAGCAGCUUGCGUGUGACAGAGUGUUUAUGCGGAGAUAUAUGGUACACUUGGUUGAAGUUGCCCUCCUGUGUUCCAUGGAAUCGCCUAAAGAUCGACCGGGAAUGGGAGAAGUUUGUGCCAGAAUUUUGUCUAUCAAAGAGGCAUUCUUUGAGCUCUGCUGA